AUGCUGGUCUACGCUAAAGCCGCUAUGGGCAUCACCGACAACAACGUCACCGCGCCGGACCCUGUCACGCGAGAGGUAUUGCGAGGACAGUUGGAUGCAGUGGCCAAUGAGAUGGAGCAUACGCUCCUGAAAGCCUCUUUCUCAAGCAUCAUCACCGAGGCACAGGACGCCACGGCAGCGAUUUUCGAUGCCAAAGGCCGAACCGUUGCGCAAGCGUGCGCGCUACCCAUUCACUUGGGUGCACUCAGUGAAAUCGGUCGGCGGUUCCAUCGAACCUACCCGCCGGGUGAGGCUCAGCCCGGCGAUAUGUAUGUCACCAAUGACCCUUAUGACGGCGGGACCCAUCUGCCCGACUUUGCGGUGGCGGCACCGGUGUUUCAUCGAGGCACCUUGGUUGGCUAUGUCGCAACAAUGACCCAUCACCAGGAUAUCGGCGGAUCAGCUCCUGGAAGCGCCUCCACCGAUGUCUUCGAUCACCACUCCGAGGGCCUGCGAAUACCUCUGAUGAAGCUUGCAAGCGAGGGUGUUGUCGAUGCCGAUUUGGUUGAACUGUUCACUACCAACAGUCGAUCACCGCACAAUAUGCAUGGCGACCUGAACGCCCAGAUUGCCGGUUGUCAUACAGGAGAACGGCGGUUCCAGGCGGUUUUCGACGAACUAGGUAUCGGCGCUGCCGUCCAGGGCAUGAAUGCACUGAUGGACUACUCGGAGAAACUGACACGGCUAGCCAUUACACACAGCGAGCCGGUAGAAAUUCGUGUAGCCCUGACGGUCAAUGGAUCUGACGUCGCCUUCGAUUUCAGCGGCACUGACAAACAGGUUCGUGCCGCAAUAAACAAUGUCCCCUCGUCGUCGUUGUCAUGCGUUUACUUCGCCAUCCGAGCGCUUACUGGCGACACUGCGCCGAACAACGAUGGCUGUUACAGACCAAUAAGCGUACACCUACCACCAGGCACUAUCGUCAACCCGACCUACCCUGCGCCGGUCAAUGCCAGAGGCGUCGCGAUUUGUAGAAUGGUCGACGCCGUGAUGGGCGUCAUGUCGAAGGCACUGCCAACGAAAAUUCCAGCUGCUGGUUGCGGCCAUGCCAACAUCUUUCUUGCCGGCGGCGUUGAUGAUCAGGGCCGGCGUUAUACCGGUGCCCUCGGGGGGCCGCUACGUAGCGGCAUGGGUGCAAGGCCAAGCAAAGAUGGCAUUGACGUUGCCGACCACGAGCUUUCUAACGUUUUCCAUGUUCCAUUGGAAGUGACCGAAAGUGAGUUUCCUGUUCGCUACAACCGACUGGGUUUAUGGACUGAUUCUGGCGGAGCAGGCCGCUGGCGAGGCGGGCUCGGGUUUCUAGCCGAAGUCCAGUGGUUAGAAGGAAAGGCAAUUUUGUCAGUACGAGGUGAACGGCAUAAGUUUCAGCCGUGGGGAACACAGAAUGGUGGCCCUGCACCAUCUUGCCGAACCCAGAUUAUUGAUGAGGAUGGGACGGCAACAGUAGUGCCGGCCAAGAUCGUGCAACCGAUUCGUUGUGGUCAGUCCCUACAAUACUGGUCAACCGGUGGUGGAGGUUACGGUCAUCCGACCGAGCGUGAACCUCUUCGAGUUGUCGAUGACGUGCUCGACGGACGCGUCUCUGAGAAAGCAGCAGCCGACCUUUAUGGGGUAGUUAUCGGGAACGGCGGAUUUGACGCCAAUGCAACGAAGCGUACCCGCGAACAGAUGAAUGGUUCACAUGACACGUAG